CCCACCCCAACCUCUGGACCGCCGGAACCGGCCGCCAUGGACCUCUCCGCCCUCCGAUGUCUCCGCAGCACCCUGCGCUGUGGUCCGGGCAUCCGCUGGGACUUUGAGACCCAAACGGCGCAGCCAGGCCGGCGCUGGAGUAAAGCUCCAGCAUGGCUGGCCACAGAGCUGGUGAAGGACAUGAGCCCAGAGGAACUGAAAGAGAUCCGGGAGGUGGCGCGGAUGGACUGCGUGAGUUCGAGCGAAGCACCAAAGAUUCUGUGCCUCAUCGGGCCCAGCGCAGCAGGAAAGUCGAAGAUGAUGCCUUUGGCGGCGGAGUACUUUGAGCUGGAUUUGAAGAACUUUGCAGAGGUGGAUGGGGAUCAGAUGAGAGGUUGCCACCACGCGUGGAAGAAGUAUGUGGUGGAGGAACAGGAGCACGGCUACUUCGAUGCUUAUGAUAUUUACAUCACCAACAAGCACAACAAGGGCUUGAAGGUGAAGUUCCUCAAGGAGCUGCUCCAAGCAAAGAAGAAUAUCAUCUACGGAGACACCCACGUGACGGACGAGGAUUUCGAGCUCAUGAAGGCACAGGGCUAUGCCAUCUACACCUUCGGCAUGCUGAUUUCUUGUGCUGACUCGGACUGCCGCCAGAAGAACCGCGCCGAGGCGAACGGCCGAUGGGCCGGCACUGCCCAGAAGAAAUGGCUAGCGACCAUGGAGGAUGUUCUGAGCAUGUGUCGAAAAGCAGACAAGGCGGUGGCCUUCGACAACACGGAGCUCUUGACUCCGCGCAGGGUCUAUGCGCGGGGGUUGAACUGUCCAGAUCAAGAUGAGUUACAGGAGACCUUUGACAAGCUCAGGGCUGACAUCAGCUGGAAACUACCUCCACGCGAGGGUCAUGCUUGGUGCGAGUGCUUGAGUCUGGAGGGUGUCUACAGAAAGGAUGACGGAGGCGCCGUGGAGAUCACUGUGCAGGAUCCCACUCGGGAGGUGUCCGAGGUGCUUCUACGGCCUCCGGAGCUGGAGCACUGCUGCUUUUCUGUGCGAACGUGCGCGCUCCACGCCUUCAGUGAGGAUCCGGACUUUGUGGGCGAUGAGCUUGGGCGACUAGAUGUGACCAGCCAAGUGCUUCGCUGGCGCGACGGGCGCCGCUGGACGUUGGAGGCCAAGCUGCCAACCGUGGGCAUUUGCCGCGCGGUGCGCGAGGAUCGGGCGUUGUUGGAGGCCCUGCGGCAGCCAGAUGGCUCCUUGCUGGACUUCUGCACAGCGCCUUUUCGAGAUCUCAACGAAGAGGAAUGGGCCGGUGCAUUGCAGGCCUGCAACGUCGCAGCGCAAACACUGGUUCCUGCCGAAGGCUCACCAAAGGCACUGCUGGUGAUGGCACCCUCGGCCGGGGGCAAGACAACAGUCGUCUCCCAGCUCUGCAGCACCUUCGGCCUGGAGCAAGACCGCGCAGCGCGCGCGGACGGCGCCCUCUUCCGGGACGUCCAUCGGCAGUAUCGCCUUUUGUGCGAGAACGGUGUGGCGAACGAUGGCUUGUGGUACAAUGCUUGGCCUGCAGCCAAAGCGGUGGUGCAGGAAGCCAAGAAGGAGGUUUUUCGCCGAGCCAUGGUGCAAAAACAGGAGCUGAUCGUGUCCGACACGGGCUCCGAGGUCAAGGGACUCAAAGCCUUGAUCCAGGAGCUGCAAUGCGGAGGCUACCAAGUCUCGCUCUUGGGCAUCUACGCUGAUCCCAGCGCGAUCCUGGCACGUGGCAUUGCGCGAGAGAUUCACGAGGGGAAGCGCUACAACAGGAGCCUGGACAAGUUGAAGAAGACCUUUGAAAACUUCAGAACGGCCAUCAGCUUGGUCGAUGGCGCCUACAAGAUUGUGCACAAUGCUCAAGGGCAAGAUCCUGAAGUGGUCUUGGAAGGACAAGGUGAACGCUACGGAGCAGAUCGACCUGGAGCAGAUCGCUACCGUUUUCCCUCUCUUCUUGUCCUCUCUUCCCUCACCUCACAGUACCGGUGAGCUCCGAUCUCCCCUCUUGUACUCCUCCAGCGAGCCGGCGAGUGAGCCGGUCCCGGCCCAAAGCGGCGCCGAUUCGCUGCCUUUCGCCCCGCACGUUCGCUGCGUGAUGCAAGGUUUGAGGCUUCUUAAACCUGUCAUGUGUAGUAAAACACCGUACGGUUUAAUAGUUCAAACAUACAGGAGAAAGCGGUCACCCACUGGGCUUGCAACAGCGGUCAUUUUUGGACGAAGGCAUCGACCCAGACGGGUGGAGCACAUCUAAGCUCUUUGGAGCACGAGGUUCUCCAGGAGAUUUUGGUCCAACACCCGUUUUGGGCCCUAGGGAUCCGGUUGUCGUACCGAACCUCAGGUUCGGUACGAUUGGACCCUCCAAACCUAGAUCACAAUGUCUCCAAGCCUACCUUCUGAGCAG